AUGGCAUGCUUACGGAACAAUCAAUUGAGACGAUGGGCAGUUAUUUAUAUGUUACUCGUAUCUGUUUCGGACGUAGUCUGUGAGAAAAUUCGCUACUCAAUUCCCGAAGAAUUAGACAUUGGAGCCUUUGUCGGAAAUAUUGCCACGGAUCUGGGAUUAGAUGCAAAAUAUCUAAUGGAGCGAAAAUUGCAGAUAUUGUCCGAGAGCAAAGCACAAUACAUCGAUGUGAACAAAAACACUGGAACUUUAUUCGUAAAGGAAAAGAUAGACCGAGAGCAGCUCUGUGGACAAAGCCUCUCGUGCGCAUUGACACUGGAGGCUGUGCUUGAAAAUCCGCUCAAGCUUCACCGUGUAGAAAUUGAGAUUCUCGAUGUAAAUGACAAUGAACCCGUUUUCCAGAGAAGCGAGAUAAAUCUUGAAAUCUCCGAAAUGACUAUGGUAGGAACGUCAUUCCCUCUCCAGAGUGCGCAGGACCCGGACUCGGGGUCCAACGGUAUUCGGUCUUACCAACUGAACCCCAACGAGCACUUCGCUUUGAAAUUUCUGCCAGGCGGCGAGCAAAGUGGCAUCCCGGAACUGGUAUUGGAGAAAUCCCUAGAUAGAGAACAAAAAGCCACUCAUCAGUUAACACUGACCGCGUUUGAUGAAGGGAAUCCGCAAAAGAUCGGAACCAGUCGUAUUAAAAUUACUGUUCUUGAUGUGAACGACAAUGCUCCAGUUUGCGAACCGAACGUACAACAAAUUGCAGUUGCUGAAAACGUUCCCCAUAAUACCUUGAUAGCGAAAGUAACUGCGGUGGAUUUGGACGAAGGCUUAAACGGUGAGUUAAUAUAUUCCUUGAACAACGACACUCCUGAAAAGGUGCGGAAUGUAUUUGGCUUGGAUCCCUUAAUCGGAGAAAUUCGAGUAAUUGGUAACGUGGACUUUGAAGAAACAGAAAUUUAUCAGAUUUCAGUGCAGGUCAAGGACAGAGGCUCACAUCCAUUGUUAGCAUAUUGUAAAAUUAUGAUAAUGGUUACAGAUGUUAAUGAUAACAGUCCUGAAAUAAUGGUGACGACCAUGUCGAGUAAUGUUCCUGAGAAUAUUAGCACGGAUACUGCAAUAGCUCUUCUCAGAGUUUCGGACCGAGAUUCUGAGAAUUCUGCGGAUAUUCUUUGCCGAAUUACCAAUGGUAUUCCCUUUAAGCUUAACAGCUCCUUAAAUAGCUUCUACAUGUUAGUUACACACGGCGCGUUGGACCGUGAAAUUGUGCCAGAAUACAAUAUCACCGUUACAUGUACUGAUACAGGCUCUCCUCCACUGUCGUCCAGCAAAACUGUCCAUGUUCUUGUCACAGAUAUAAAUGACAACGCUCCACGCUUCACUCAGCCUUCUUUCACAAUGCACGUCAGAGAAAAUAAUGCUGUGGGAGAUUCGAUUGGUUCUGUAUCAGCCGUCGACGCAGAUUCCAACAAAAAUAGCGAAAUGACUUUUGUUAUUUUGGAUAGGUUGAUACAGGGCUUGCCUGCAUCCAGUUUCGUCUCAAUAAACGAUGCAAGUGGUGUGAUAUUUGCUGAAAGAUCGUUUGAUUUUGAAGAACUUAAACAGAUUCAGCUCCAAGUGCAAGUAAGGGAUGCUGGAUUUCCUCCCCUGUGUAAUAACGUUACGGUCAACGUGAUCAUCGUCGACCAAAAUGACAAUGCCCCUCUGAUCGUCUCACCUAUGUCAAAUAAAGGCUCCGUAAUUGAAGAGAUAAUACCAAGGUCUGCAGACACGGGUUACUUGGUUACAAAAGUGACAGCCACUGAUGCCGAUUCUGGACAAAACGCAGAACUUUCCUAUCAACUUCAUCAGCCCACCGAUGAAAGUCUGUUUACGAUAGCUCAUGAAACAGGAGAAAUUUGGACCAUUCGUCGCUUUGUACACAAAGAUACACCUAGGCAAAAAAUUGUAGUUGUGGUGAAGGACAAUGGAAGUCCAUGCCUUUCAUCUACUGUGACCAUCAGUGCAUUAGUGCAAGACGAUACUGCAGAAAAAUCAUCCAGACUUGGCAGCUUUCAAAUCCCUGGUCUGUUGCAAUAUGAUUUAAAAUUUUAUUUAAUUAUUGCUUUUGGUUCAGCCUCCUUCGUAUUCCUUGUGGCGAUUAUAAUCCUUGGCAUUAAGGUGCAGAAAGGUAGGGUAGAAAGUAAUAGUUUCUGCUGUUGUUGGAACAUGUCAAACUUCUCGAGAAGAGAUUCGCUUCAUGGGAUUCAAAAGGCUAGUGUGAAUCUUCAAAUACCACGCAAUUAUUCAGAAGUUUAUCAAGGAGAGACUUUCUCGAAACCAUUUCGCUACGAAAUCUGUUCAGAUCCACCUCUGAAUGAUUUCAUGUUCUUAAAGUCGCAUGGUUCUUCUGCGCCCAGGAUAAGUAACAAGAAUGGUUUACGUGUCUCUGACAAACAUAUACAGUCAUCAAACUCGACGAACAAGGAUCCAACUGAAUUCCACGAGAUAUGCGGUAACCGUCAGUGGGAUUUGGAGCAAUCUUCGAUGGAAGGGUGCCCUUCUGGACAAAAUACUUUGGCUAAAAAUCAAGUGGAACCGGAACAGAGAAGUUUUCUGGAAAUACAUUCCCAUGCUUUAUAAGAAGCGUGAACAGCUUCAUAACGGAUGAAAUGAUAUCGUUCGCAUAAUUGUGGCAAGAAGUUUGCAUAGAGACAACUUGUUCUUCAUAAUCUUCCCAUUUUAACUUUAUUUUCUAUCAAGUAGCGAUCUCAUUGUGUAUGAGUAUGCUUCAAGUCUUACACAGUUGUAACUGCAGGUGUUCGUAAUGAGCCACAUCAUUGUGCGACAGAAUUGUCCUGGUCCCACAUAGGCAUGACUCAUGGGCAUAUAUUGGAAAAUAUAUCUGCAAUGAGGAAUAUUUUUUGCGAUUCCCUAGUUACUGAAAAAAGGAGAAUUCCAUCAGCAAAUAUUCACGAUGUUCUUCGCUAACGCGUCUUUUCAGACAUUGGAAGUACUUUUGAGAAAAUUAAUGCAAACUCAGCAAUAACCAAACAUUUACAAUUAUCAAAAAAGGACUCCACUCUUAACGAAAUGCAAGCUAAAUUGCAAGUGGUUUCUUCAUUUUCAACAGUCAAAUUAUGGAUUGAUAGAUUGGAGCUCAAUUGAGACCGAUGACAAGACAAGGAACAAAUGCGAUAAUAGGCCGAAUCUCUGCUGGUAGUAACAGAAAAUAAAAACACACAUUUUGGAAGAUAUUAACCGUUGCAAGAGAAGGCAAGAAUGGACUAUAAAUAUUGUUUUUUUCGCACUGCAUUAGAGAAUUCAGUCGCUGCUAUUGACUUGCUUAUGCAUUGAUAUUCUUCUUUCGCUGUCUUAAUUAGGCUUUUUAAUUGGUUGGUGUUGUGUUCCUUCAGCUUCUUAUGCUAUGUUAUAUUACACAAUAUCAAGAAAAUACGUAGAGCUUUCUGCAUUGAGAAAUAGUACUCUUGGUGUUCUGAAGAAUAUGUCUUGAUGUUUACAAAUUUAAUUCACCUAAAUAAAAAAAAUGAACUGGAAAUAUGCCUUCUUGCGUUCUCCCAGAUUCGGGUCAAAGUAGUGCAGACCAAGGUAUAUCAAAUCAUCGGCUUUACCUUCAAUUCUGAACGUACCUAAAAAGCGAAUAAAUUUAGUUGAGUCAAUGUAUUUACUGCAGGAACCCAUACUCAUAUUAACUUCAAUAACUUCCAGAGCGACAAUGGCUAACCCGAGGGGACAUAAUUUUAAGGUGAUUGGAGGAAGGUAUAAGAGGGACGUCAGGGCUAAGUUUUUUUAUACAGAGGGUGGUGGGUGCGUGGAACGCACUGCCUGCAGAGGUUGUGGGGGAGGAUACAUUAGGGACAUUUAAGAGACUCUUAGAUAGACAGAAUGCAUUUUGUCUUUCGAAAUCAGUUGAAUUUACUUGUGCCUAUUGUGCUUGUGCUCUGUUGCAUCAUUUAGUACAAAUGGUAUACCUUAGAUAGACGCAUGAAUGAUAGAAAAAUAGGGGGCUAUGUGAGAGGGAAGGGAUAGAUAGAUCUUUGAGCAGGAUAACAUGUCGGCACAACAUUGUAGGCCAAAGGGCCUUUACUGUGCUGUAGUGUUCUAUGUUCUAAACAAAGUUACUGUAAAACAAAUGUAGAAUCUGAUGCAUUCCGUUUCAUAGUUUUCAUCGCUGAGUUGUCACGGUAUUGUGAACAUGGUAGGCCAGGAUCACAGAAAUAUUCUCUAUGAACUCAUCCUUCUCGUUAAGGAAAGCUGUCGUGCUGCGUGGUAAUUUGGUAUCCGGCUAAAGAUUUGCCAAACAAGCAGAUGAAAACUUUAUUGCUUUUUGAAUUACAAAUUGCCUACAUUUCGAAUGAUCUCAUGGGCUUACAGGUAUCAGAUAAUGAAAUGCUGGCAUGCACAAUAAAUAGUUUGAGUUACAUUUUAUUCAUAAUAUUCAUUGCUGCCGUAAGCUUACUGUGACGUGAACUCUUACCAAAUGACGAAAAAGAAGCAUAUGUGGUCAUGUAUUUAUCGCAACGUAAAAUGAAAUGAAAUUAAUUAAUAAAAUGAAUGAAUGAAUGCCAGUAAAAUCGUUAAUUAUUAAUUAACUUAGC